AUGAAGCUGCUUGCUGCAUGGUUGGCAGCGCUGGCGGCGCUGGUGUCGGCUUCGCCCGAGGCGUUGGAGUCGGCGCUGGUUGGUGACGACCAGUGCAAUGGCGAAGAGUCCUGCGUGUUGAAUGCCUUGCAGCUGAAGGGCCAGAAGAGCUCCGCACAGGAGAUGUUGGAAGCAGAAGAUGAGGAGGAACAAGAGGAAGAGGAGGGCAGUGCAUGGUUGAAGGACAUCAGCACCAAGACCAAGAACCACUUCAAGCACAUCCUUGCUCCGCUUCAGAAGCCCAUCGUGGCGAACUACCAGUACCUGACUGAGCUGGAGAAGUUCGUGAACUACACCAUGGAGAAGGUCGAGAAUGCCACCGGCCACGUAGUGGUGUGGAACCGCAAGUCUCUCCUUCAGGAAGACGAGGAAGAGGAGGUCGAGACCACGUGGGGCCGCCGCCGCCGCAGCGUCAGCGGCAAGGACCUUCCCCCUCGUGCUCGCUACAUCAACAAGAUCCUGAUCUACCUGGACAAGGAGAUGGAGGCUGUGUGGAACUACAACACGAUCAUUGACCGAAAGCGAUGGGGUGUCGGUAACACCAUCACGUCCUCGCCGUAUGGUCCUCACGGCGAGCACCCAGAGCGCUGGCGCGCCAACGGCAGCUUCCCCUUCCCGCUCAAGGCUCCCACGUCGCCUGUGCUGAACGUUAGCAAUUCGCUCGUCAUGCACCUCAAGCCAGAGAAGCGGGAGUAUGAGAACAAGUACGCUCAGCAGCUGGCCGCGGACUAUGCGUCGAUGAUCGCCAACAUCAACGAUGCCAGCAAGAAGGGCAACGACCUGCGCGCCCGCCUGUACAAGAUGGAUGCCUAUGCUGACAAGUUCAUCAAGCUGCCCAGCGGUGAGUUCCUGAAACGGCGGUCUGCCAGAGACCUGCUCCUGUCGAACGGCAUGCGCAGGGAGUUGAUCAAUACUUGCAUCGGCCAGGCGUUGGAGUCGGCGCUGGUUGGUGACGACCAGUGCAAUGGCGAAGAGUCCUGCGUGUUGAAUGCCUUGCAGCUGAAGGGCCAGAAGAGCUCCGCACAGGAGAUGUUGGAAGCAGAAGAUGAGGAGGAACUAGAGGAAGAGGAGGGCAGUGCAUGGUUGAAGGACAUCAGCACCAAGACCAAGAACCACUUCAAGCACAUCCUUGCUCCGCUUCAGAAGCCCAUCGUGGCGAACUACCAGUACCUGACUGAGCUGGAGAAGUUCGUGAACUACACCAUGGAGAAGGUCGAGAAUGCCACCGGCCACGUAGUGGUGUGGAACCGCAAGUCUCUCCUUCAGGAAGACGAGGAAGAGGAGGUCGAGACCACGUGGGGCCGCCGCCGCCGCAGUGUCAGCGGCAAGGACCUUCCCCCCCGUGCUCGCUACAUCAACAAGAUCCUGAUCUACCUGGACAAGGAGAUGGAGGCUGUGUGGAACUACAACACGAUCAUUGACCGAAAGCGAUGGGGUGUCGGUAACACCAUCACGUCCUCGCCGUAUGGUCCUCACGGCGAGCACCCAGAGCGCUGGCGCGCCAACGGCAGCUUCCCCUUCCCGCUCAAGGCUCCCACGUCGCCUGUGCUGAACGUUAGCAAUUCGCUCGUCAUGCACCUCAAGCCAGAGAAGCGGGAGUAUGAGAACAAGUACGCUCAGCAGCUGGCCGCGGACUAUGCGUCGAUGAUCGCCAACAUCAACGAUGCCAGCAAGAAGGGCAACGACCUGCGCGCCCGCCUGUACAAGAUGGAUGCCUAUGCUGACAAGUUCAUCAAGCUGCCCAGCGGUGAGUUCCUGAAACGGCGGUCUGCCGGUGACCUGCUCCUGUCGAACGGCAUGCGCAGGGAGUUGAUCAGUACUUGCAUCGGCCAGGCAACCUAA